AUGAGUGAACACAAGCAAACAGCCAUAUUGUCCGUCUACGACAAAACGGGGCUCUUGGAUCUUGCCAAAGGGUUGGUUGCUGCCAAUGUCAGGAUCUUGGCUUCUGGAGGUACAGCCAAAUUGGUCCGUGAGGCCGGGUUCCCAGUUGAAGACGUUUCCUCGAUUACGCAUGCUCCCGAGAUGUUGGGUGGCAGAGUCAAGACCUUGCACCCAGCCGUCCAUGGGGGUAUCUUGGCUAGAAAUUUGGAGAGCGACGAAGAAGACUUGGCAGCUCAGGGCAUUGAAAAAGUCGACUUUGUCGUGUGCAAUUUGUAUCCUUUCAAGGAGACGGUGUCAAAGAUUGCCGUGACAGUUGACGAGGCAAUUGAGGAGAUUGACAUUGGAGGCGUCACUUUGUUGAGAGCCGCAGCCAAGAACCACCAGAGGGUCACCAUCUUGUCGGACCCCAAGGACUACUCUGGCUUUUUGGAGGAGUUGAAAGAUGGCAACAUCACCACGGAGACCAGAAACAGAUUUGCGUUGAAGGCAUUUGAACACACUGCCGACUACGACGUGGCCAUUUCGGACUUUUUCAGAAAACAGUAUGCAGAAGACGUUUCCCAAUUGCCCUUGAGAUAUGGUGCCAACCCCCACCAGAAACCGGCACAGGCUUUUGUUUCCCAGGGAGACUUGCCAUUCAAGGUCCUUAACGGCUCUCCCGGUUACAUCAACUUGUUGGAUGCUUUAAACUCGUGGCCAUUGGUUAAGGAAUUGUCUGCCUCAUUGAACUUGCCUGCUGCCGCUUCAUUCAAGCAUGUGUCCCCCGCUGGUGCCGCUGUGGGGUUGCCGUUGUCCGACAUUGAAAAGAAGAUUUACUUUGUUGAAGAUAUCGAAAACUUGUCCCCCUUGGCUAACGCUUAUGCCAGAGCUAGAGGUGCCGACAGAAUGUCGUCGUUUGGCGACUUUAUUGCUCUUUCCAACAUUGUUGAUUUGCCAACUGCCCAAAUCAUCUCUAAAGAGGUUUCAGAUGGUGUCAUUGCACCUGGCUACUCAGACGAAGCUUUGGAGCUCUUGAAAAAGAAGAAAGGCGGUAAAUACUGUGUCUUGCAAAUUGACCCCAACUUUACUCCUGAAAACUUGGAAAACCGACAAGUGUAUGGUGUCACUUUGCAGCAGAAGAGAAACGACGCCAUCAUCAAAGGUUCAUCGUUCAAGGAAAUCGUUUCCAAAAACAAGGAUUUGACCGAACAGGGCACAAUCGACUUGACCAUUGCUACAAUUGCCUUGAAAUAUACCCAGUCCAACUCUGUGUGUUAUGCUAAAAACGGUAUGGUGAUCGGUUUGGGUGCUGGUCAACAAUCUAGGAUACACUGCACCAGACUUGCCGGCGACAAAGCAGACAACUGGUGGUUGAGACAACAUCCUAGAGUAUUGGGAUUCAAAUGGGCCAAGGGAGUCAAGAGACCCGAAAAGUCCAACGCCAUCGACUUGUAUGUAUCGAACCAGAUUCCAACCGAUGAACCGGAGAAAUCGGAAUACGAAUCCAAAUUCGCGGAAAUCCCCAAACCAUUGACCCCAGAAGAGAGAAAAGAAUGGUUGAGCAAGUUGAAUAAUGUCGCAUUGUCCUCUGAUGCGUUCUUCCCAUUCCCAGACAAUGUUUACAGAGCAGCAAGAUCGGGUGUUAAAUUCAUUGCUGCACCAAGCGGAUCUGUGAUGGACAAGGCUGUUUUCAGCGCAGCAGAUGCUAAUGAUAUAGUUUAUGUGGAGAAUCCAAUCAGAUUAUUCCAUCAUUAG